UUGCAGCUUUCAAGGGGAACCUGAAAUGAGUCGAAAAUCGUCGCAUUUCUUCAUACCCAGUGCUAAUAACCAGGUUAAAGACCUGAUACCCGGGGAUUUUUUGGUCUGACUGGCACGAGUUGUAAGUGUAUGCUUUCAUUUUAUGUUUCUGAUCUUUUCUUCGCCUCCGUUUUCCGCGGUGUUACUUUGUGAUUAGCCCCUCCAUGCCCCGCUGUUCAUUCGAUCACCAUGGUAUCAAAAGCCACGAGAUGCUCUCAACGGUUGCUAUGGCUGUAAUCCAAAUCCAGGAUACAAUACCAGUCUAUUUGUUCAUUCUUGAGCGAGUAAGAGGCCUGUUGCGUUGAAGACGAUUACUCUAACAAUUUGAUACCCUCUGGCGGUGGGACUCUGCUAGCUAGCCAGUCAUAACUCGCAAUUGAGCUUCCGGCACCACAUCCACUAACAACUUCAUAGCCGGUCUAAAACCUCGAAUAGCCCAAGAUGCUACAAGAAAAGCUUCGCGUUCUUGUCGUUGGCAGCGGUGGGCGUGAACAUGCAUAUGCAUGGAAGCUGAGCCAUUCCCCCUCGGUAGAGAAGGUCUUCUGCGCCCCUGGAAAUGGCGGCACAGAUGGAGUAGCAUCCUCAAAAAUAUCAAAUAUCUCCGUCAAAGGGGACGAUUACCAGGGACUAGUGGCGUUCGCCAAAGAGAACGGGGUCAACCUUGUUGUUCCCGGUCCAGAAGCUCCCCUUGUUGAUGGCAUUAGGGGCUACUUCCAGGCUGGUAAGUAAUAUUCUACAAUAUUUUUGGACCACGGCCGCAGCUGAUAUAGUUCCUAGUCGGCAUUAGAUGUUUUGGACCUUCCAAGGCUGCUGCUCGUAUGGAAGGGUCCAAAGCCUUCUCAAAAGACUUUAUGAAACGCCAUAAUAUCCCAACGGCUCGAUACGGAAACUUCACUGAUUACAAGGCCGCUUGUCAGUAUCUUGAUUCUGCUGACCAUGACGUGGUUAUCAAGGCCAGCGGACUCGCCGCUGGUAAAGGUGUUAUUAUCCCCCAGAGCAAGGAGGAGGCACUCAAGGCCCUGAAGGAAAUCAUGGUAGACCACCAGUUCGGAGAUGCAGGCGAUGAAGUUGUAAUUGAAGAAUACCUUGAGGGUGAUGAGCUUAGCAUUCUCACCUUCUCGGACGGUUACACCAUCAGAUCGUUGCCUCCCGCUCAGGACCACAAGAGGGUAUUUGAUGGCGACCAGGGUCCCAAUACUGGUGGUAUGGGAUGCUACGCCCCCACCCGAAUUGCCUCCAAGGCCGUUAUCGAGGCUAUUGAUAGAACCAUUGUCCUGCCUACCAUUGAUGGGAUGAGGAAGGAAGGCACCCCAUUUGUUGGAAUACUGUUUACCGGGUUAAUGAUGACCAAGAACGGGCCUAAGGUUUUGGAGUACAAUGUCAGAGGAGGAGAUCCAGAGACUCAAACAUUACUACCACUUUUGAGUGAUGAUACUGAUUUAGCUGAAGUCAUGGUCGCCUGCACAGAACACUGGCUUGACGGAGUAACUCUCAAGGUAGAGUCAAAGUCGUCCGCCACUGUCAUUGCUGUGGCUGAGGGUUACCCCGGAUCUUACGCGAAAGGUAGAGGGAUCACAUUCGACAAGACUGCGGACAGUACCUUGAUCUUCCACGCAGGUACCACGCUUGCAGACGGCAAGCUUAAGACCUCUGGUGGGCGAGUCAUCGCUGCGACUGCAACAGCAGACACUCUUGAAGAAGCCGUAAAGGCGUCGUACUCCGGCAUCUCCACAAUACACUUUGAUGGCAUGCAUUAUAGAAAGGACAUUGCCCAUCGCGCAUUUAAAACCUCAUCAAAGACAUCAACUACCCAAGAAUCACUAACAUACGCCUCAGCGGGUGUCUCCAUUGAUGCCGGCAAUGAACUCGUCAACCAGAUCAAGGCUAACGUCGCUCGAACUCGCCGGCCCGGAUCUGACGCCAUCAUCGGUGGAUUUGGAGGCGCAUUCUCCUUAUCAUCAUGCAAAUCGGGUUUCCAUGAAUCCUCUCCAACUCUGAUUGGAGCGAUUGAUGGAGUUGGCACCAAGCUUAAGAUCGCACAUGAAAUGGGUAUUCACAACACCGUGGGCAUUGACCUUGUCGCUAUGAAUGUCAAUGAUCUGGUGGUACAAGGUGCUGAGCCCCUUAUGUUCCUCGACUGCUAUAGCUGCGGGAAACUCGAGGUUGAGGUUGCGGCCGCGUUUGUUGCUGGUGUUGCUGACGGAUGCGUGGAAUCCGGCUGUGCUUUAGUUGGAGGUGAGACUGCAGAAAUGCCUGGCCUUUUCACCGACAACAGCUAUGACGCUGCUGGAGCUGCUAUCGGUGCUAUCGACACCUCCAAAAAUCGUCUACUUCCAGACACUGAGGGAAUGAAGCCUGGUGAUGUGCUUCUUGGUAUCGGCAGCAGCGGGCCACAUUCAAAUGGUUUCUCACUCAUACGGAAGAUUGUGGAGAAGUCAGGACUGUCUUAUCAGGACCCUGCACCAUUCAAAAUGGGUAAAGAGUGCGCAAACUUAGGUACAGCCCUGCUCACUCCAACACGCAUCUACGUCAAGCAACUACUCGCUACUAUAACCAAGUUCCCUCAGGGAGCAGUCAAGGGUAUGGCACAUAUCACCGGCGGCGGCCUGGUCGAGAACAUCCCUCGUGUUCUGCCCAAGAACCUUCAGGCCGACAUCGACGUUUCCUCCUGGCCUCUACCCGACGUCUUCAAGUGGUUGAAAAAGACCGGCAAUGUAACAGGAUCGGAGAUGGCGAGGGCAUUCAACAACGGUAUUGGCAUGGUCGUCGUCGUGGACGAGUCUCAAUCCGCUGACGUCAAGAAGUAUCUUGAAGAGCUCAAUGAGAAGGUCUAUGUUAUCGGAAAGUUGGCUGCUAAGGCCAAUGGAGAUGAUAAGGGAUGUGUGCUCCGGAAUAUGCAAACCUGGGACGACUGUUAACGAGAUGAAAAGCGUUUGAUUUCUUUUCUUUACUUUUUUUUUUCUUUGCUUUUAUUUAAAGAUAAACCUGGGGAUGAGCUUUUCAUAGUUUACACUUGGACUCUGGCGAAUAACUAGGAUCUUCCUCUCCCAAGACGAAAUAAAACCCAACUUCGAUAGAAAUAUGUGUGGAAACGAAGAGUCGAUCUCUCCUCUCCCGUGGCGGGUGAUCUAAUAAGACAUUUCCAGGCAGAUAGACAGUCCCUGAGCGUCAACCGUCAAAUAUAACAUGUUACAGGAGACAGGAUGUUUCUUUCUGGCAUCACGACACCCGUCGUCUGACUGAUCUUCUUCUUCCUCCUCCUGCUCGCCUGCAAGAAGGCUGAGCUUGUUCUAACCGGGGUUCAAGCCACCGUUGCUCAGUCAUCUUGCUGCCGCUGCAGAGUAAGUCUUUAGCUACAGCCAGCGCACAGCAACUAGGUAUCAAAUCUGCUGCGGCAUGGUCCUCUACAAGACGCAGGUCUAGGGAUCUUGCGUCUAUGGAGUCCUGUCUUAGACCUCGAAAUUUGUGUCUUCUGUGCGAGUAUCGGCAUACGCGAAUAGCUAUUGAGUGAUCGAUGACAACAGGCGUCACUGCUAAUUUGGUUGGAAUUACCCGCCUCUAUAAAUCAAGCACGUCUCUCACAAACCACCUCUGACACGGCCUCCAAGAGGCUUUAAUUACACGAGCUACUAGUUACCUUUUCGCUGGCCGGAAUUUGCAUCGCAGAAUACGGUCCCUCUCGCUUACUAUUCGUCUCUUGGGGAUUCCUGGCUUUAAUUGAGCUGGAUAUAUAUUAAAAUGCUACAUCGAGCGAGAGACUCCGAAAAACGAAACAUAUCAACUUCUUAUUUCCUGCAGAUCGUAAUCCCUCAAAUAAUCUUUCGGGCCAUGGCAAGGAUGUGCCCUCUUUGGAUCUGCAAUGACAGACUGUCCAGCCUAUCAUGAAUAUCGGCUAUACGAAUUUGGUCAGCCAACGGCUGGCCGUUCAGCAGGCUUGGGGCCUGCUGUGUGGACUGAAGAUGCGAGAGUCGGAUUUGAGGGCCUGUCGUCUACAGCCUACCACAAGGCGUGCCUUUUAUGCCCCUCGUCUGGAGGGAAUGAAGGCGGGCUAUUUUAUUUUAUAUAGAUCCCUUCCUCCAGGCGAAGGGUGAAACGAAGUGAUCGUCGAUUCUAUGCCUGUAACGCAGGCAGCCUCCCCCUCAAUCUAACCGACAGCCUACAGUAUACAUACAUUUUUCUUUCUCUGGGGAAGACCUUGACAAAGACAAAGAGAGGUCCAAGACUUCCGUCUCGCGGGGAACAUUGCAUCUUUAUCCCAAUGUCCGACGCACAGCGCUAGCGUUGCAGCAUGGAUGACGUUCACUGAGUAAAAGCAGCUUUAGCGACAGUCAACAACGCACUGCAUCAUAUCAUCCCUCAGAAGGAACCGCAUUCCGCAUAUGACAAGUCGGUGUACGGCAGAUGCAGGGCCCCAGAGGGACCUCGGCCACGCUGUGUCUGCCUAUCUAUAGCGCUUGGCCCCCGAAAGUCCCUCUUGCGCCUUGCCCG